UUGUGGGAUUGUCUGGAGGCCAUCUGGCUGGAGCUUUAUUUGGAUUUUACGCUGUGAGCCUUCUGCCAACUGUGGCCACCUGCAUGGGCCUCAAGCUGAGUUAUUGCCGCCACAGGACCUGAGUCUGCGUGUGUCCUGAGUUUGUCCUGUCAGAGCAACACAACAUGAGCGAGGGAGAAAACCAUCACAUAUUAACCCAUCAUCUGUCAAAAAAGUAGGAGUGCGGGCGUUUACUUCUGUCCUUAGAGCUCAUCAUGGAGUCAGUUGUGAGAGUAAAAAAGUCGCUGAGGAGGCCUGUCAGGAAGCUGACCGCCUGUGUGACGGGGGUGAAGGAGAGGAGGUUGUGUGCCAAACGCAGGAACCAUCGGGGCAGAGGUGGGGGAGGAAGAGGAGGAUGCAACAGGUUGAAGAGGACCCCUCCUCUCCAAUCUGCACACACCAAAGACGCAUCAGUGAUUCGCUCCUACCAGGCAGACUUGGAGAAGGAGAGAAAGCUGCGGGAAGCGAUGAAUGCUCAGAAGAAUGCAGAGAGAGCAGCUAUGAGAUCUCACUUCAGGAGAAAAUAUCGUCUGUCUGAGAACUCCACGGACUCAAACCACCUGAGGUCUGUUGGAGGCAAAGUGUCGCUCCCCCGCGAGCUGUCAAAGAUCAUUCACCCUGAAAACAAGACCAAGGACGAUGGCUUCAACCUGCUGCAAGCUUUUCAAGGCCUCAACUUCAACACAGCGGCGCUCACAGGAAGGAAACACAGCAAGACGCCCACUCCCACACUGGCUAGAGGGCACUCUUGUAAAGUCAUGUGAUCAAUAUGUGAUCACAGGGCCGAUUAGUAUGCCGCCUUCUGAAUGGGUUAGUUUAAAAAAGAACUGCAGGAGAACAGCAGGGAAACACCCUUAUACUGUAAAUGAUUGCUGCUCACACACAGACUGUGCAUUGGAAAUCAAUAUAGAGACUUUAGUUCAAUAAUUGCUGUUGUGACAAUUAAACCAUGUCCUUCAGACUUUUGUUUCAUGCUUAUUUUUUGUCUUUUGUGUAGCGAUAAUAAUGUUUAAAUACCAGAUAAUUGAAUAAUUUGUUUAAAAUGAACUGAAAAGAUCAUUUAAGUUAAGUUGUAAUGUGAUCAAACUUGUUAAUGUACCAACUUCACAGAUAAUAAGUUUAUUAACCACCAGUCAAUGAAAGUUACUUCACAAGUGGGGUUAUAUUUUUUAUAUAUUGAACUUGAUGAUGCAAUUAGGUAAAUAACGAGGUAUUUCCAAAGACUGUAUUUAAUUCAGUCAUUUAAAAACAUAUCAAACACUUUUGUUCAUGUAAUUAAUUUAAAGGUUUUUACAUUUUCUGUGAAAGCAUACUUCCAUCCCAUGUAGAUUACUGUUGUAUUACAUUUUAAUAACUGUAUUACAGUAUUACAUGUUGCACAAUCUGUUGCUACAAGCUGAACAUAGGGAAGCUUGUUAUGGUGAUGCUUCACUAAGACACUGUUGUAUAUUAUGAUAGAUAGUAGAGCUGCAACGAUUAGUCGAUUAAUCGAUUCGUUGAUGGACAGAAAAUUUAUUGGCAGCUAUUUUGACAGUCGAUUAAUCGUUUUAGUAAAGUUUUAAGCAAAAAUUCCCAAAAACUGCUGGUUUCAGUCUCUCAAAUAUGAUGAUUUAAUGCUCUUCUUUAUCAGGCAUGCUGAAAGAGAGGUGAAACAGAUAUCACCUUUGACUCUGGGAAAAUGAUUAAUCGAUUAAUCAAGAAAAUAGAUUAAUGAAAAUAAUUGUUAGUUGCAGCUCUAAUAGAAAGUACUGUAGCUACUAGUCUCUGUUUACAGAGCUGACUCAAUUAUUUAAAUGAUAUAGAUCCAACUGGGUGAUCUAUACACAAGUAAGGAAUCUCAGGGCAACACAUUCACAUGAGUAAU